AUGUUACAGUCCCUGAUAACCAACGGACCCUACAAAACGAUGCCGACGCAGGUACCCACCCCAAACCAGACCCCGAACGAGAGAGGGCAUGCCCGGAUGCAAGUUGCAGUGGCAAGUGCUUCCACGAUGGCAGAGCCCAUGUAUGGAGUCCUGGUUGGACAUGGUCCCAACUGCUUGCAGAAGAGAGAUGGUUGCACUGCUGUCCUUUCACAGGUGAUAGGAGAUAUCUCAGGGCUCUUUCAGAUUGGAGUCACCAAGGUGUUCCUGAAAGAAAAGGCAUGGCAGAUGCUAGAGAAGCAGCGAAAUCAAAAGCUGACCUGGGCCAUUGUCACCCUCCAGUGCAAUCUCAGAGGUCUCAUCAAACGUCGGCAGUUCCAAGUCUUCAGGCAGAAGAUCAUAGUGAUCCAGGCUCACUUCCGAGGUCAUCUGGCAAGAAAACGAUACCAAAGACUGAAGAAAACUCUGCUACAGUUUGGGGUGGCCAUACUUGUUUCUGGGCCACUGGUGCACACAGUGAGGCACUACAAGGCGGAGCAGCCCUUUCGGGAGGGCAGCAGAGCUGGGGAAGCCCAUCAUUAA